GUUUUUAAUGAUAGGCCACGCGCCGAAUAAAUUGACUUGCCAGUGCCGAGCCCAUUUGUCCUUUGGCUGCGGCCCCAACAUGAGGUUCCUGCCCAAGCUGGAGCGUAAGUUUCGACGCUGGAAAAAGCUAAAGAAGCCACCAUUAUUGCGUAAGCUAGAUGCACUCUUCAAAAGUGCGCAUAAAGGACAUCGUCCAGAGGACAGUGCCAAGCGGGUGCAAAGGGAAAACGGCAAGGAUAUCAAAAAUGAGCUGAGCUACAAAUCACGUGAACAAUUUAUGUACAACGGCAGUUUCCAUGAGGCAGUUGGCUCGGUCCUGCUGACCGCCCAGUGCUUUGCCUUGAUGCCGGUGCGAGGAGUCACGGCCAAGCAUCCGAGCAGCUUGAGGUUCUCGUGGCGCUAUGUGCGCACCUGCUGCUGCCUGUUGUUCAUGGUGUCCAUGCUGAUCAACCUUAGCUUUACCAUUUACAAAGUGCUGCAUGGCUCGAUAACAUUCAACUCGAUCCGACCCUUAAUCUUCAAGAGCUGCAUCUUCUUGGUGUGCGGCAAGGCUCUUAGCUUGGCGCGGCAGUGGCCCGACCUGAUGAUGAAGUGGUACCAGAUCGAACAGGAUCUACCACAGUAUCAGACGCAGUUCGAGAAGAGGCGCAUGGCUCAGACCAUCAGAAUGGUCAUGCUCGUGGGAAUGAUGUUGUCCUUUGCGGAACACUUGCUGAGCAUUGUCUCGGCCAUUAAUUAUGCUGCGUUUUGCAAUCGCACGGAUGAUCCCAUACAGAACUUCUUCGAGCUGACCAACGAUGAGAUCUUCUAUGUUCUGAACUACUCCGCGCCGCUUGCCCUGUGGGGCAAGCUACAAAACGUUUACUCGACCUUCAUAUGGAACUAUAUGGACAUACUGGUUAUGAUAGUGAGCAUCGGCUUGGCGUCCAAAUUUCGCCAACUCAAUGAUAAUUUGCUUAAGUUCAAGGGACUCCAUAUGGCUGCGGCUUACUGGUCUGAGCGGCGUAUACAAUAUCGGAAUAUAUGCACGCUAUGCAGCACCAUGGAUGACGCCAUAUCCUUUAUCACUAUAAUAUCCUUUUCCAACAAUCUGUACUUCAUAUGUGUCCAACUACUGCGGAGUCUCAACACCAUGCCCUCGGUAGCUCAUACGGUGUACUUUUACUUCUCGCUCUUCUUUCUGAUUGGACGCACCCUGGCUGUCUCUUUAUAUGCGGCCAGCGUGCACGACGAGUCGCGUCGUCCGCUGCGGUAUUUGCGCUGCGUGCCAAAGGAGUCCUGGUGUCCGGAAGCCAUGCGAUUCGCCGAGGAGAUUACGAGUGACAUGGUGGCCCUGAGUGGGAUGAAGUUCUUCAAUUUGACACGUAAACUGGUGCUGAGUGUGGCUGGCACCAUCGUCACAUAUGAGUUGGUGCUGAUUCAGUUUCACGAGGAUCAGGAUCUGUGGACCUGCGACCAGAGCACCUAUUCGUAGAAACUGAAUAGAAACUCGCAUAAUAAAUCCAUUGGAAAAUUGUAUUUGCAUUUUUAUUAUCGUUUAAGCAAUAAGGAAACCAACAAAAGAUCGCUCCUUAAUAUCAAUCGGUUACAUGCUUAACUAAUUACACAACUACGUUCUUAUGCUCAUGUACGUGUAUGUGAGAUUGUAGAUUGUUAAAUAUCAAAUAUUCCUUUUGUUUUCCUUUUAAUACAAUGGUCACUAGUUCACUUACGGUCUAAUCUUCUAAUGUGUGGGCUAGAGGGCGAGUAGUGACUGGCAUGGGAUCUGCUUUCUGCAUUCGGGAUCGGUGUUCUUGGUGCUUUUGGUUGAUAAUGAUUUCGGUGUACAAUGCCAUCGAUGCAAAAGCUUCACACACAAAAUUCAGCUAAACAAUUUCAAUUAGAAACUCGCUUAAUAUUAAAUUCCGUUGAGUUUGGGCUCAUUACAUUCGUAAUAAUUCAUAAUAGUAUUUUGCUACGGUAAACAAGGUAACAUGUACGGAAGUCUGGUGGUUUUUAGUUGCUUAUUCGCAUGUUAACAUUGUUU